AUGAAGCUCAAUUUGUUUAAGCGGUCUAUGAUAUUUGCGACGUUUUUUGGUGCGUGCCUGUGCAUAGCUUUGAUAGUUGCGUCCCUGGGGACCACGCAAUGGAUUGAUGCGCAUGCGCGAAGGACGUCAAGUCCUAUGUCGUCCGAGGGUCAUAUCAGCUUUGGACUGUUCGAAGGACGGAAGAAACUUACCCUGGGUUAUGGCUGGCGUACUCAUGAUUUUAGUGUGAAAGCGGGGACGCACCCGGCCCGUCGCUGGGCGUGGUGCGGCACCGCGGGCCAGUUGGGCGCGGCCCUGGUGUCGGCGGGCGGGGCUUGCGUGUUGGCCGCUCUGGGCUCGGCUGCUAGCCAUCGGUGCUCACCGAAACCGUUGCUCAUCAGCAACUCUUUGGCAGUCCUGUUCACCCUGGGCGCCAUAUCGGUGUGGCUGACAGAGUAUUUCCUGCGGCUGCAGCACAACGUCUUGUCUGACGAGGACCUAGCCAACACCUGGUCUUCGGAUGGUAUGGCAGACCUUGGGCUUUCAUUCUGGUUGGUAGUGGCAGCCUCCAUAUCCGCCUUGGUAAACAUCGUUUGCAUAGCGAUUGCUGCGGCUGAAGGGCGCGACGCUGACACUAUCGCCCCGGCCCUAGAGGAAAAGGUUAACGGGGCCAUCAUGCUUUAUUAA